GGUCGCAUUCGCAGCUUCCAACUGGUACAUCUGCAUAGUACAUUUGACAUGUGCCUCUUGCCAACUUAUCAAAUGCGAGCAAUUAUCAACCUCAUCAAACGUGUACAUAUACUUGAUUAGUACACUACAUUUAUAUUCAAUUUUUACUUGAAAUAGGUAUAUGUACCUAGGUAAUCGACGAUAUGAUCUUAGAACUAGAAUACAAAGGUAAAGUGCGACAUGAUGAUAGCAAGAAUCGACGACUAUAAGCUUAGAGUUUCUAGGUAUGAAUUCUUGCUAUCAUCAACUUCUCAGCUCAUAACUCUAUUCCGAACAACUUCAUGUUAUAGAAAAUGCUCACUGUUCAGCUCUUCCGUAUAUCGGACAGUUUAAGUCCAACUGCAACCCUCUCACGCGAUUUCUUGCUAGUAUAGAGGAAUCUCAAUCGCUAAGAGCCUAUUGGCCCGCGGGACAUCAAUGCUCCAAGCCACCGACAUGUACCCAUGCACGAAGCUCACCAUGGCACCGCGAAGUAUUGAGAUACCUUGUUUCUUGCGUAUGUGACGAAUGAUCAUAGCAGUCUUAAUCGAAGGGAUUUGUGACACCUAGCACAGGCAACGUGAAGAUAGUCUUACAACAAGGUAUUGCCUGGGUAGUUGAGUGAGAACCGACAAUGGCAUCUCCGUUAGCGAAAAUCGGCAUAAUCUCCAUCGGGGAUAUGGGAGUCGGGAUUGCCAAGCUGCUGAUCGCCAACGGAUUCUCCGUUGCGACGAACAUCAAAGGUCGAAGCAACGACACCCUCGAGCGCGCCAAGGCCGCGCAGGUCGAACUCCUCGACUCGGACGAGGCCCUAACGCAAUCCUGCCCCGUCAUCCUCUCCGUCGUGCCGCCCCGCGACGCCGUCGCAACCGCGCAGCGCAUCGUCGACGCCCUCACGGGGCCCCUGCGCCGCGACCCCUCUUCCCCGCUCUACUUCGCGGACCUGAACGCCGUCGCGCCGUCGAGCGUGAAGCGCAUCGCCGCGCUCUUCAGCAACAACGCGCAGCUCGGGUUCACCGUGCGCUUCGUCGACGGGUCCAUCCUCGGCGGGCCUCCCCAUCCCAAACCCGGCGGCAGCAGCGCCUCCCCGGAAUGGUACCUGCCCAGCAUCCCCACCUCGGGGCCCAACCCCAUCGCCGAGAUCCCGGGGUACGGGCCUAAGCUCUCGGCCACGCUGAACAUGAAGCACAUAUCCACCGACGUCGGCGCCGCCAGCGGGCUGAAGAUGUGCUUCGCGAGCUUCAGCAAGGGCUUCACGUCGCUCGCCAUCCAGGCCUUCACGACGGCGCACCGGCUGGGCGUCCUGCCGACGCUAAAGUCGGAGCUGGCGGCCGUGCUGCCGACGCACCUGGCGACGGCCGAACGGGGGGUCGUGGGCAUGGCGCCCAAGGCGUACCGCUGGGUCGGCGAGAUGGAGGAGAUCGCGCGCACGCUGUCGGAGGAGGGCGGCUUCGACCCGGACUCGUUUAUCGGCGCCGCGAAGGUGUACAGGACCGUGGCGGACGACACGGUGCUGGGUGAGGAGAAGAUCGGGAAGAGGAAGCGCGGCACGACGGUGGAGGAUGUGGCGCUUGCUAUGGCGGAGGGGUUGCAGACGAAGAGGAAGAAGAACGAUUAGAUGAUGGGAGAGGGGGUAGACUCCGUUAAAGGCGGUUUAAAGGUAGAUUGAGGCAUCAGCAUGUCUAUUAUAGAUCUAGAUCUAGAACUACGAUGGCAUAGCUCCUAAUAUGAUACCGCUUCAAAAUAGCAAAGGUGGAUUAGAAAGAUCAGAUACAAGGAGUCGAAGUUAACUACGAUCGUGAUCUGCUCAUGAGACUGCAGCUGCACUCAGGGGCUAGUCGAACAGCA